GCGUUCAACUUCAUCUGUACGCUUAGUAACAGGGAUAAAUCUAGAUAAAGCUUUAAUUUGACGUUUAACGAAAACAAAAACAAAAUGGUCAGCUUGAGUGGAGCUCUUGCUGCUACUUGGGUUCCAUUUGUAGUGAUAAUAAUUCUCGCCUUGCUGUUUUCAAUAGUGUAUAUUAAGUAUUUUAUGAGCAAGUAUGAUCCAUCAUUAUCAACAACAAUAUCUGGGAUUAUCCCCCUUACCAUUGCCCUGUUAACAGUAUGUUUGGUGCCUAUAGAUGUGUUUCUAGCCUCAUUUAUGAAGAACAGUGAUGGCACUUUCAAGGAAUGGGCCAAUUCAUCAGAUACCAGAAACUCAGUAGAGAAUACAGUAGCCAUAGGAUACUACACUCUGUAUGCACUGGUUACCUUCUGCCUGUUCUUGCUGUUACCGUUUAUGUACUUCUUUUAUGAAGAAAAAGAUGAGUCGAAUCCCACCUCCUGUAGGUCUAAAUUCUGUACAGCAUCUAAGUACACAGUGGUGUUUCUGAUCAUAGCUGGUGUCCUGAUGUUGAUUGGAGGUCUGGUACCAACAAAGACACAGCCCAAUGUUAAUGCCACCGAAUGGGAUAAUGUGAAGAAUCUGUUUAUGCAGAUGGGCACUAAUGGUGGAGAAGAUGCCCUUUCAUUUGUGAUCAGUAUAUUAAGUUUAAUUGGAAUGUUGGCUCUAAUAACAUACACAGCCUAUGGAAUGUCAGCCUUACCAAUGAGUUUGAUAAAAGGACAAAGCAAUGCUAAAUCAGAAUUAGAGAAAGUCAGACAGAAAAAAAAGGAUAAUAAAGCUCACAUUCAGUCAGUUCGAGAGAAGUAUGGCGGCAGUAGAGGAAGCAGAAACAGACAAACUGUAUCCAAGCUGGAGGAGGAUGAACGAUUACUGGAGAGACAGGAAGCUCAUUUGGAAGAGAAAACAAACUGUUUCCACAGAUGUUUGGUUAUAUUCAGACCAUUUGAAGUAGUUAUAGGAGUAGCUUUCCAACUCCUGACAUUACUCAUAUUUCUGUCUUUACUACUUACAAACAUUGACAAGGCUCUACAUGGGAAGGGAUACAAACUGGGAUAUGCUCUACCAAAGAGGACAUUACCUAACCCUAUCGAUAUUGUACUAGUCUUCUGUCAAAAGGUAUUUCCACUGGACUACAUAUUGUUUACAGCAGUUGUGAUGUACCUUAUUUUCUGCUCUAUGUCAGGAGUCAGAAAUAUUGGAAUAUGGUUUUUCUGGCUGAAGAUGUAUAAGAUCAGACCUCGACGGACAAGGCCACAAGGGAUACUAAUGUUAUGUAUGAUACUCAUGUUCAUAAUACUGGCCAUCAAUAUUGUUGUAUACCAACUGACGCCACAGUAUUCUAUGUAUGGCAGUCAGAUGUUCAAGGCACCUCAUAAUACUACAGUAUUGAACAAGACAACAAUUACAUACAAGCUAGAACAUUGUUCUCUGGAUGCAUCUAGAGAUGAUUGUGUCAUCACCAGGAUGGCCUUGUUGUUGAACAGAUUUUUCUAUAAAAUGUGGUUCUUUGGGGCAGCUUACUACUGGGCUACCUGGGUCUUCUUAGGGUUUAUGGUGUUGGGUUUUUUGGUUGCUGUCAUCAAGAAGAGGAAGUCAGCCAUUGAUGGUGAAGUUGAUGAGGAUGAUUUUGAUGAAAGUGAUGAAGAAAUGAUACAUGCAUAAUUUACAUCAAAGGAGAAAACAUGAUGAAAUACACUUAAUUCUGAGAUGAAGAAACUAUUUAUGCAUAAUUUAUUUUGAGGAGAGUAAUAUUGAAAAUAAGUUUAUUUCAGAGAAUCGAGAUAUGAUUUAUGCUUAAACAACUGUGGCAUGGUACAGGAAUGUUUUAUAUCUGAGUGGAUGAAAAAUUGUUUAUACUUUAAUGACUGUGACCAGAGUGAAAGAGAAAAGAAGUGUAUGUUUGAAUGAUAAGAUGAAUUUAAUUACUUUAUUAUUGCUUUCAGUAUCAUUGGCAAAAGUUUGCAGAAUCUGGAUUAUCAAAUUUGUAUAUGAAUGAUGUUAACCUUAACUCCUACUUCAUCCCUUUUCUUUGUCCACUUUAAGUGUUUUUUUGGGGGGUUUGUUCCAGUCCAAGUGAAAGCGAAUGUUGGACAGAAAGUCUGAGGAAAAAAUGUCACACUUCAGUUUUGUGAACAUUUUUCUUUAAAUAAGGAAAUACCUUUUUAAAAUAAACGUAUUUGUAUUAUUUUGAACUGUUAUAUAAAAUUUAUUUAAUAGA